AUGUGCUAUGCUCCGCAUCCACCUUCAGUAGAGGCAUCAGAUAUCACGAGGAUGGCUUCAUACAAGCGACCUUUCCUUGUGCACAUAUCUGCAUGCAGGACGCCAGGGAGCCAUUUCGAAGCAUAUUGCACUCAGGUUGUGGAGGAGAUAGUCACUGUUGCACACAGCACUGGUCAACCAGCUGAGUCAGGCUUAAAGUGUAAGGAGACCAAACAAAUGAAAAGAUUGGAUCUAACACACCCAGAUGCAAUCAAACUGAUAUCCUGCAAGAGGGACAGGCUCAAGAGGGCCUUGAAGGACAACACACUCGCCCUGGUGGACUCCCAGGAUAGAAGUCACAUUGAGGGCUAUGCCUUGGAUGGCAAGGACCCUGCCGAGAAUCUAUAUCGACAGAAGGCCAUUCUCCUCUUAGUGGCCCUUCAUAUCUUGAAACUGAUUCCCCACGAGCCCAAACAUUCAUUAGUGGAUCUAUUCCCUGAUCAGUAUGAAACCAUUCCAGAGCACUAUGUAGCAAUGGCAUGUGCUAUGCUUGUCAUUCGUUUCAGGCUAUGCUUUCCCGACCAUCAAAUUCCUAAAAUUACUGCUCACAUCCUGCAGAGGGAGGCCUAUUUUCAGUUGGUUCUCCUCAGGAUGGCUCGCAUGGGCAACAGCCCAGAAGCUAUUGAGCUGAACCAGUGGAUGAGGACAAGCACAUUCGAUCCAAGGGGAAGCAAGGAAGACAAAUCCACAGUUGUGCAGUGGCUGUGCGAGGCGAGCGAUGUAAGCGCGAAGCGCGGGAAAAUCGCGCGUGAUUAG